ACAUGUGUUCUGUUCAGAUCCUCUUCGCAGCGGUGUUGGUCUUUUGUGUAAAUAUGUUCGCAAAUUGUCAACUUGUUUUGCCCGGUGUCGAUGAUUACGUCGUUAGAAGAAAGCGGAGUAUGCGAGAAGAUGUGGAAAAUGCUCGACAGCUGUUGCAGGGCUUCUUUAAAUUGUCUGCCAAUUUACCAUUAACACCGAAAAGGCGCACCAAUUUUGAAAAUCAGCAGCCACUCCAAUACCACUAUAUUGACCAGACUGAAUAUGCUGCUAAUAAACGAAUCUUGAAAGAUCUUUUUGAGACUGAUUUAGUUUUGACAGUGCCUCAGAUCAAACGCGUUAUUCAGGAAUUCCAAACAGAUUACAAGAAAACUCCAGGAAGAAGAGAGAAACGAAAAGCAAUCAUUGGAAAUACUUAUAGAUGGCCUAAUCAAACUGUAUAUUAUUUCUUAAAAGAGAAAGACGAUGAAUGGCGAAGGCUGGUAAAAGAGGGGAUGCGGAAAUGGGAAGUAGAAACAUGCAUCAAAUUCAGGGAAUGGACGAAUGAGAAGGAUCAUAUUUAUAUCUUUAAAGGAGCCGGAUGUUAUUCAAGUGUUGGACGUAUCGGCGGCCGUCAGUACGCAUCGAUUGGCUACGGCUGUGAAAGUGGUGGAAUUGUGGCGCAUGAACUCGGACAUGCACUAGGCUUCUGGCAUGAACAGAAUAGGCCUGAUCGUGACUGGUAUAUCAACAUAAACGAAGAUUUUAUUCAAAGUGGAACAAGGGGAAAUUUUGCAAGGCGUAACGAUAUAGAUCAGUUAAAAACACCAUAUGACUUUGGUUCUGUGAUGCAUUACGGUCCUCAGGCUUUCACAAGUGACUAUAAGUAUGUAACUAUUGAAACGAAGGACCAUCGUUUUCAACAUACAAUUGGACAACGCAAAGAGCUAUCUUUCAUAGAUAUCAAGGAGGCGAACAUGAUGUAUUGUAGUGACCGAUGCAAACAAAAGUUGAAUUGUCUUCACGGUGGUUAUGAAGACCCUCAAAAUUGUGCUUUUUGUAAGUGUCCACCAGGUACAUCUGGGACUCUAUGCGAUAAGAUACCAAUGUCAACUCGUUAGUC